AUGGCGAGGUCCCAGCGUGGCGGCAGCAGUGGCAGGCGCAGCAGGACCUAUUGGAUGUGCAGCUGCGUUUGUUGGAACUGGGACUGGCGCUCCACGUGUCUCAGCUGUGGGCAUGCCGCGCCGCCCUGGGCGCUGGGAUCACCCCACGACAAGGCGAAGCCCGAGGCAGACAAGGACGGCUGGGCGGACCAGCCUCGGGGGCGCCGAGCCCAGCGGCAGGCCCGCGGCGCAGCAUCGCGCGCGGCAUCCACCAAGUCGCAGACCUCGGCUUCAGCGGCGAGCGGGGCGCCCAGCGGCGGAGGAGUCACGGCGAUCGAGAGGCUGCAGGCAACGGUCGAGCGGCUCGAGGCGCUGCAGGCUGGGCCACCCGACGGCGUCGACAGCUGCUUCACUGGCGUCGUGGCCAACCAGCUGGGGGCGAAGAGGGCAGAAUUGGCCAGCGCCCAGAAGGAGGCAGCGGAGCAGAAGGCCUCCACAAUGCCGAGGUCUGCUCUGCUGCACAGGGAGGCGAACGCCAUCAGCAAGGAAGAGAAGCGACUCCGCUCGGCCCGCCAGGCCCUUCAGCAGAAGCAGGCGGCGCGGGGCCUCGCGGAGGUCCAGCUCCAGAAAGCCCAGGACGAGCUCGCGGCGCUCGACGGCGAGGUGGAGGAGGCCAGCAGGGCGCUCCAAGUCCUCGAAGAAGCAGCCCGUGAGGAGGCGGAGGCGCGGCGGCGCCAGCGGGCAGCCGAGUGGGCUGGAGCCGGCCAUGUGCCAGGGCUCCUCACGCAUCUGGACAAGCUGCCAGAGGCCUGGGGCUCCAGCAACUUCGAGGUGGCAUGGGCGGCCAUUCGCACCCAGGUGGAGGCGGUGCGGGCGCGGCUCGCAGUGCCCCCGUCAGCCCCCGAGCGAGCGCCGUGGGCCGAGUCCUGCCCCAUGGACGAGAUCAGCAGCGACGACAGCGAGCUGCGGACCUGGCCCCUCUGGCUGCUCGCCCUGCUGGCCACGCAGCUGGGAGUAGCGUCGGAGGAGCGCAGCCAGGGCAGACGAGCGCCUAGCGGGGCCAGUGCGGCGGGACAACGCCUGCGCGCGAGCAGCAGCGCCGAGGUGGCCUGCGGCGGCAGCAAGCGGCGUCGCGACCUCGGGAGCGGGCCGGCCCCACCGGCGCCAAGCCAGGCCUCUGCGGCGGCUCAGGGCUUCCGCUGCGGGCGGGAGGCGUUCGGGAGGCGCGGCGGCGCCAGGAGGAGGAGCUUGGAGGUGGCUGGGGCCUCCGUCAGUCGGCACGGAGCCAAGCCCAGCCAGGUGCGGCUCCAGGAGGCCAACGACGCCCCGCGCCGCCCAGAGGAGGCCAGAGGAGCUGCGCGCAGCAGGUGGUGCACUGUCUCCCUCCGCCCGUUCGCGCCCUCGGACAUGGAGAGGCCGUCGGUUUAUGCAGGCAGCGUCGUCGAUUCGGUUCGCUGCGCCCUGCGGGCAGUGAAGGUUGCCUGGCAGGUCCCGAGCGGCCUCCAGCAUCGCAUGGUCGAGGUCACAGUGCACGCCGCAUCAGGCCUGGGGCGGCUGGCCUGCUCGCAGAAGGGCGUCAUGGACCUCCUGGCGGCUCAGGAGGCGCGGCCCCAGCCCCUGGGCGCCCGUGCAGCCAUGCUGGUCUUCUUUCCCGAGCAGCCCAUCGGCGCGCUGUGGGAGGCGGAGCACGACCGCCGCUUCUCCAGGGGCAAGAUGGACCGCGAGUGCGAGAAGGCUGGCUGGCUGCACAACGCCUGCGCCGCUCUUGCGUGUGCGAGGGGGUGCGCCUCCGCCAGCCUCCGCCUGGACAUCGCCACGCUCUACGUGAGCCUGCGGCGCGGCUUCCUGCGGCGGUGCGGAGUCGAGCAUGGCUUCGACCUGCGGGUAUUUCGAGGUCUGCACGUGCUCUACCAGAGGCCGCGUAUCCUCCGCUUCGUUGGCCUGGCCACCGAGUCGUUCGCCUCCCAGCAGGGGGCGCUGGGCUGGAAGUGGUUCGCCUCCUCCGUGUUCCGCUUCCUCCCCCUCGGUGCUGCCGAGGCCCCCGUCCGCGCCGUGAGGCCCUUUGGAGCGCGGCAGCCUGGCGGGCACUGGGAGGCGCAGGGCUGGACCUUCUGUAAGACCUUGCAGGCCAGGAACCUCGGCACGGGCGCCGCCAUCGCGGGGCGAAGACUCCUGGAGCCGUGCGCCGUGCGCGCGGGCCGCCUUCGUGCCGCGGGAGUGGAGCUGGACCUGAUCCACAAGGCUGGGCCUGCGGCCAGCGCGGUGUGGGGCCGCUCGGGGCGCUCGGGAACCGCGGGGGGCGCCGCCGUCAGGCGCGCCCCGUCUGUACACUUUGAACUUUAA